GUCGUGGAUUCUCUACCAUUAACUUAUAUAAGAUCACCUUAUUCUUAAGACUUAGUUUCGAUUUAUUACCCCGUAACCAGUACAUUUUUCUCGGCUUACUUUUAAGAUGAUCUUGUUUGGUUUUUAUGUGUAGGUGCUAUAACAGUCCUCUUCCGAAUGAGAUUGAAUCUCCUAUUUUCAUGGCGAAGGUAUCAAGCGAUCAGGAUUCUACUCCGUUCAGUUGUUGAACAGUUUCAGGGGCUUCGUUUGCAGACAUGUCCCCAGUGAAAAUCGUGUUAGUGUUGGGCCAAGCACGCUGCCUUGCGGAAGAUCUGCUUUGACUUCGUGGUGUCGGAUGUGUCAUCAUUAAUUCUAGCGUAACAAUAUCUGUAAUGUAGGUAGGACGUAGGAAAUAGGUAAAGUGAAGCUGAUAGUUUCAUUUUUAUUUUUAAUGAACACAAAUCUCGUCGAUUACGGCGAAUUGCUUCAAGUAGACACCUCACAACAGCAAAGAUCGUUUUGUUUGACCCUGUGGAAUGAAUUAAUUUUAAUAAUGAUGGAAUGACGUUGCCAAACAUCACUUGUGCGCAAAAAAAUCAACUUGGUAAAUAAUGGACACCCUAUUAUAUACAUCUCUAUAUCGGGUACAAAUAGAAAUAGAAAGUUUUCAAAGCGAGCGAUUUUCUGCUGAUCCAACAAGCAGGGAACUCCUCUCCAGCAACACAUGGUUAAAAAACAAAACAAACCAAUCGACGGAAAUAAGUGAAAUUCCUCACCAUCAAAGACUAACUGAGUAAUAGUUUUACUAAUAAAUAAAUAGUAACACAAUGCCGAAAAUAAAAACUGAAAAGAAAAGUCGCAUACACCAAGAGGUACAAAAGCAAGGCAUCGUGUUCAAUAAGGAUUUUGGCCAACAUAUACUUAAAAAUCCUCUUGUCAUACAGAGUAUGCUAGAGAAGGCUGCAUUGCGCAACACAGACACCGUUUUGGAAAUCGGUCCCGGUACUGGUAAUAUGACCGUACGCAUGUUGGAGCGAGCAAAAAAAGUCAUUGCCUGUGAAAUCGAUACAAGAUUAGCUGCGGAAUUGCAAAAACGUGUGCAGGCUACGCCAUUGCAACCGAAAUUGCAAGUGCUAAUCGGCGAUUUCCUCAAAGCAGAUUUGCCUUUCUUCGAUUUGUGUAUAGCCAACGUGCCUUAUCAAAUCAGUUCUCCACUGAUUUUCAAAUUAUUGCUACACCGGCCACUAUUUCGAUGUGCCGUCCUAAUGUUUCAGCGUGAGUUCGCGCAACGUUUAGUUGCCAAACCGGGUGAUAAGCUGUAUUGUCGCCUGAGCAUCAAUACCCAGUUGUUGGCACGCGUCGAUAUGUUAAUGAAAGUUGGGAAAAAUAAUUUUAAACCACCCCCAAAGGUUGAGUCAAGUGUUGUGCGUUUGGAACCAAAGAAUCCACCACCACCUGUCAAUUUCACAGAAUGGGAUGGCUUAACACGUAUCGCAUUCCUGCGGAAGAAUAAAACUCUAGGUGCGGCGUUCAAAAUCAAUUCGGUGCUUGAGAUGUUGGAAAAGAAUUACAAAUUACAUUUGUCGUUGCAUAAUAAACCAAUAGAGCCAGAUUUUAACAUGCAAGCCAAAGUUUCAGCCAUUCUACAGAAGUUGGAAAUGGAAAAUUCGCGUGCACGUUCAAUGGAUUUGGACGAUUUUAUGAAAUUGCUAUUGGCUUUCAAUUCCGAAGGCAUACAUUUCAACUAGUGAAUAGUAAAUUAUUUUCAAAAUGAUUGACUUUAAUUAAUAAGGCGACAAAGCAAUAAAAUGCGGAAGGGAUGACCAUUAGCAAUAAGUAAUUGCUAACUUCUUGACGUCCUAACGUACAAAUCUAUAAGGAAAUAAGCAUUUUAAA